AUGUUCCCUGAUAGGGGUGACCAAUUAAAGGCGACAACAAUAAGACGUGUUCAAACCGAAAGCACCACGGGGUCUGUGGACUCGCAACGCGUCAGACUAACAUUAACAAUAAGUGUAGAUAAAAUAGACUUUGAUCCUCAAGGUGGCUUAUUACGAAUAAGAGGUAGAAAUAUAGUAGAGAAUAGAUAUGUUAAGAUGGGCAUGUAUCAUACUAUAGAUUUGGAGCUUAAUCGAAACUUCACAUUAAUCAAGAGUGAAUGGGACAUAAUCGCACUUGAACGAGUGGAAGAAGCUUGCGAUAUCACUAAAACUGCGGAUGUGGCAGCUGUAGUCUUGCAAGAAGGAUUAGCUAAUGUGUGUCUUGUCACACAAAACAUGACUAUUGUGCGUCAGCGAAUAGAGAGUCCGAUUCCGAGAAAACGUAAAGGAUCAGUGACAAACUAUGAGAAGGGGUUAUAUAAAUUUUACGAGCAGGUUAUGCAAUCGAUAAUACGGCAUGUCAAUUUUGAUGUGGUCAAAGUAGUGAUAAUAGCAAGUCCUGGUUUUGUCAAGGAUCAACUAUAUGAGCAUAUUUUUGCAGAGGCUGUGAAAUCAGAUAAUAAAACCCUAUUGGAAAACAAAUCAAAAUUUUUACUCAUACAUUGCUCGUCGGGUCACAAGCAUUCACUGCAAGAAGUGAUGCAAGAUCCGUCCGUCCAGUCACAACUAGCCGAUACGAAAUACGCACAAGAAAUGACGACUUUAGACAAAUUUUUUAAAAUGUUGAACGACGAUCCUGAUAGAGCAUUCUAUGGAUGGGAACAUGUUAGUAAGGCUGGAGAAUUGGGCGCGAUUGGUACUUUGAUGCUUAGUGACGAGCUGUUUAGGUCUGCAGAUAUUGCUACACGUAAACAAUAUAUAUCAUUGGUGAAAUCUGUACGAAAUAGUGGUGGCAAAGUAUUAAUAUUCUCUAGUUUGCAUGUGUCCGGUGAAAAUCUUAACCAACUGACGGGAGUGGCAGCAAUAUUAAAUUUUCCCGUGCCUGAUAUAGAAGAGGAGGAACUUAAUAACAAUAAUAGUAACGGCAAAUCAUGA